AUGGACUUGGAGCAGCGCAAGGAGCAACGGAGCGUGGGCGCCGAGGCUCCGGGGGCUAACCCGAAGUGGGCUGGCUCGACCCCGUCCUCCAGCUCGGUCGCACUCUCGCAUCAUCUCCACGACACCGCGCACGCUGCCUGCCCCGAGUGCGCAUCCGCCAUCAUCGAGGGCAGUUCUACUUCCGCGUCCAAGGCAUCCUACGCCCGUGGGCACCGCCGUCGUUCCACCCACGUGACUCGCCGCGACCUGGAGAAGUUCCAGAAGGAGGUCUUGGGCGUCGAGAACCACACCUCCUGGUACGACGAGGAUAGCGGCCCCUCGCGGAUUAAUCCUUUGGACCCUCAGCUCGAAGAAUUGAAUCGUGCCUUUGCCCUCGCCGACAUGUCGAUGAGCAGCGGGCCCGGAAUGACUGGCAGCAGCCCUGGCUCCAACAUGUUCGCCAGUUACGACAGCUCCCCGGGUGCCAACAUGGCCAAUAUGCCUCGCCAGGGCAUGUCACCUGCCAUCCCACACCCGUCUGCUCAGGUCAACGGCGGUGGCUUGGCUGCGAUUACGACGGGGAUGCCCAUGAACGCCGGUCACCAGAUGGAUCUUCAUCACUUGUACGAGAUGGUGCUGGAAUUGAGCGAGGUCUUGAAGAACAAUCGGGAGGUCACCAAGAACAUUGUUUCGAGCGCCGAGGAUAUCAUGAAACACGGCACCUCGGAGAAUGCGAGUGCCGCUGUGCAGCAGAUGAACGGGGAAAUCUCCGCCGCCCGGAUCUCAGAGCUCGAACGCGCUCUCACCAAGGAGAAGCGUCUCGUCGAAGAGCUGCGCCGCGAACAGAUCGAGAACACCAAAUUAAUUGGCGACUACGAAGCCGGCCUGGGCACGAUGGUGGAGCAGAUCCGCAACUACUGCCAAAACAACAACAUGCAUUUCCUAUACCAGAAGGGCCACUAUAACAGCCUGCUCCAGGCCGAGCGGGAUGCCCACCUGGAGAGCCGACUAGAUCGGGACUACUGGCAUGCGCAGACCAUGAAAUGCUCCGAGAUGAUCCGCCAGGCGCAUCGCCUGCGGUCGGAGGAAGAGGAGCUACCCGUCCGCAUCGUGGCGGGCCUGCAGAACGAGGUCCGCGCGUACCGUAGCGCCCUGGGCAUGGACCCGGAGAAGCCGGAAGAAGAGUACGGCUGGGAAGUCCUCAAGGAUGUUCCGUCGAGCUCGGAGUAG